AGCAAGGAACACAAAUUCGAAUUGUCGGUCUUCAACUCUGGGUCACGAUGAUAUGCUCAUAGUAAGCCAUCAAUCUGUGAACUCAGUAGCAGUGCUUGACGUGAAGCUUCUUUUUCGUCGCGAGAAGCAAGCGUGAUUGCGCAUGCGACAGAUCCAAAUUUAAAUUUAAAGAUCUCGGCUCCCUCCCCUUUCUGUACGCUCUUGACGAAAUCGAUCCGUGAUGAAACAGUAAACGAAUUUAAAGAUCCGCAUCCUCAGCCUUGACGUGAUGAACAAACUGCGAAUUCCUUACCUACUUUACCUGAAGUUGGUGAUGAACAAAAGCUUUGGAGACCUUCUGACAAAACACACGUUCUCCGAAUGAUCUAAAGAGGCCUAGAAGGUUCAUCCCACAACGAGCGAAACGGCGAAAUUUAGACACAGAUCAGAAAACUAAAUCGCGUUUCAAAGAAGAAUGGAUCUACUUCGGAGUUGAAAUUUAGAUGCUGAAGUUGUCGAGAUCCUGCUUUAAUUUUCUUCUGCAAGAACUCCCUUCAUAAUGAGUGCUUUUUUCGUCAUCGACCCACAUCCUUUCUCUACUCCCAGGGACACUAGUUUAGAGCAGCUAGUCACCUACCCACACACCUAAGAACAACAUGGCGGCGAUUCCGGUUAGUGAGCUGUCCCAGGCUCAGAAGGAUGAGCUGAUCUGCACCUACUCGGCGUUGAUCCUCCACGACUCCGAGGCUGACAUCACCGCGGACGCCAUGACCUCGGUCAUCAAGGCCGCCGGUCUGUCCGUCGAGUCCUACUGGCCGAAGCUCUACUCCAGCAUGGUCGCUGGAAAGGUACUUACUAUACAAGAUUGGUUCUGAUUUCUUUAGGUUUGUUCUGCGAAGAAGCUUUAUUUUCAGGACGCGAUUCAUUUUGCUUGCAUAUUUGUGCCUUCCGCGAGUUCUCAUUUUCAGUCUCAGUCUCGCCUCGUUUUGAAUUUUUCGCGCACUACGACGACAUCAUGAACUUGACCUACAUCGAUUCUGUGUGAAAAAAAAACAGGACUUGGGCGACAUGUUGAAGCUCGGAGGCGGCGGCGGUGGCGGCGGUGCUGCCCCGGCCGGCGGUGCUGGUGGCGAUGCCCCGGCCGCGGAGGCCAAGAAGGAAGAAGUUGUUGAGGAGGAGGAAGAGGAGAUGGAGUUCGAUCUGUUCGAUUAAACAUCUAAAUCUUCGAAAUCUGACUCAAAUAUAACGUCAAUUCGGGUUUUCAUAUGUGAACAGUCAAAAGCGGAAGUAGAACUCAUCGUUGAAGAUCAUUGAGGGAGUUGCUGCUUGUCUGAUAAGUACUUCUGCCUCCGGACACUGGGACUAAACCAGAUUGAGAACAUGAGUUUUAGGUGGUGUGGCUCUAGCUAAGUUCUGAAUAGAAGAGGUUGAGGUCGUGUCGACGCAGCCGGGAUACUUGCUGCUUGUCGGAAAGUGCGCAAUUGAUUUCGAUUUAGUUUGUGUUCGCGUGAUCAUGUUGCCCAUCAUGCAAUGUGGAUGGUCUCUGUCGGUGUGUAACGCUGCUUUGCGAUUAUGCAAGGAGUGACUGAGUCUGCGUUCCGUCUCUAAGAAUUGAACAAUCUUGAUCAACGCUUCGAAGAAAUAAAGGUCUUGCGGAUCGCGAAAACGAGAACAUCUUGGAGCUGAAGAUGCUCAUUUGGUGUGGCUGCUCGGAAGAAUCUAAAUUUCGAUCGCAAUGAUCCGGCCGUGAACGCGAUUUGGAGAAAUGUGUGUUUGGGUGCGAUCUAGACGAACUACGAAAGAAAUGCAACUGCAAGAUCCCGCGGCCUACACGUACGAUCGAGAAGAUUCUGCUCAUCUAAAUCUCUUACUCGAAACCUCCAAUCGCAAUAUGUUUCACUCACUUCUCAGGGACCUAUAGUUGUGAAGAACUCUCCUAGGAUAAGGAGCGUUUCUCUGGACGUGUUCAUACCUAGAGAAAUCAACCUUUCCACUCUCCAAACAUGGCCACCGUUCCCGUCGCUGACCUGAGCCCGGAGCAGAAGGGCGAGCUGCUGUGCACCUACGCUGCGUUGAUCCUGCACGACGACGGUGCCGAUAUUACCGCUGACGCCAUCAACAGCUUGAUCAAGGCUGCGGGUUGCUCCGUCGAGGGCUUCUGGCCGGCGCUCUUCUCCAAGAUGUGCCAGGGACAGGUAUUUCUAUUGCUGUGAUUUGGAUUUUUGUUGAAGCAGUGAGGAUAAAUCGUGUUUAGAGUUGGUUGCCGUACUAUGCGUCUGUACGACCGCCCGAUAUUGUGUUAUGGUAUCUAAAUUUUCAAAAUUCUCAAAAAAACAGGAUGUCGGCGCUAUCCUGAAGGCCGGUGGAGGUGGUGGUGGCGGCGUUGCCGCGGCUGGUGGCGCUGCCGCCGGCGGUGCCGCGGGCGGUGACGCCGGCGAAGAGAAGAAGGACGAUGCUCCGCCGGAGGAAGAAGAAGAGGAGAUGGAAUUCGACUUGUUCGAUUAAGCGAUCAUUUAGAAGAAAUGUCUGAAAAGCUUUCUUGAUCGGCCAGAGCUUGAGAGUGAUCUCAACCAGAAGGAGGAUAAGGAAUUUCAUCACUUCGACCACUUCUCAGAGAUAUUGACUUCGAGCUGACAACAACUGCUGCUACACAGAAGAAGUUAGGAAGUGCGCAUAUUGCUCCCCUUGGGGAAACUUCACAAUUACUGGAAACGAGCGGAGUAGUUC